AGCAGACUCCGGCUCCGCAGUCACCGUUAAGAAAACCCAUGUUGUCAGGCCUAUGAAAGGAUAGAUUAUCGAAGAGGAAUUACAGAUAACAUGAAAUUGGAGGAGAGUCCAUCCUACGCCAGCGAGAUGGAGGAGAGAGGCUCAAGUCCUUUCCUGGAGAGGUUCGGCAGCAGCGAGAGUCCUCCUGGUACCGCCCCCCCUCCUCCUCCUUCUCCUCCUCCUCCGGCCGCGCACCUCGUCAGGAGCCUCUCCAGGGCGACGCUAGGAAGCCGCCUGAGUGUGAACGAGAGUGCCUCGUGCCCUCUGGAGAGCCACCACCAGGGGAAGUUGCUCCUCAACGCCUCCAUUUCCCUUCCUGUGGAUGCCGUCUUCGCUUUCAUGUUCGAGCAGCCGGAGUUCAUGCUCGAUGUGUACACUGACCAGAAGGCCUAUGACGUAGUCCCGCAGGCCUGGCAGAAUGUAGACGAGCGACGUAAAACCCGGACACUGACGUACACGCUUACUCUCCCUCCCUCCAACAUAGCGCCCAAAGCGUCCAAUGUAACGGAGAGACAGGUGUUACUACCCCAGAGUCAGCCGGGCAGCCUGUACUUGGUGGAGGCUGAGGUGACCAACGGGGGCAUUCCCUAUGGCGACUCCUUCUACGUCGCCAACCACUACUGCCUGACGAGGGAGGCCGACGGGAGCACGAAAGUGAUCAUGUGGUCGAACGUCAAGUACAAGAAGAAUGUGUGGGGUUUUAUGAAAGGGAUGAUCGAGAAGAACACGUACAGCGGUGUGGAGGCGAUGAUGACCGAAAUUGUGCACCACUUGGAAGCUGAAGCCGAGAAGCUGACCAACCCCACAGGUUUGAGACGACGUAGGCCUACCAACCCAUACCAGCGCGCAAGAUCGCAGAAAAGGACAGACAAAAGUGCGCUCAGACAAGCAGCUAAGACAGAGCCACAGAAGAAGGAAGCAGGCGAGACAAGAUAUAACUGGUUGGUCGGAGCGUUGUUGGCCAUGCUGUUGUGCGUUGGGAUGUGCAACGCCUUCCUCUACAGACAGCUCUUCUACCUCGAGAACUUGGCCAGCAACCAGCAGCUCUCCGACGGAAUUCCAGAUAUUAGGUACCUGGGCGAGGGUGGAUCAUGGGACAAUGUGGCGAGCAUUCUGAAGCGUCAGGACCAAAUGCACGCUAAGCAGAUGGCGAAAUGGAGUCAUGUCAUCAACGAAGCUUCGCAGCAGCUUCAACAGGUCCAAGAAUCACUGCGGGAUAUCGCAGAAAACAUUCCACAGCACCAGGAGAAGCUCAUAACUGCUCUAAUACAAGAAAGCGACGCCCACGUUCAGAACAUCAUGGCAGAGACAACUUCAGAGGAGAAAGUCGGGUUAGAGAAAACUCCAGAGCAAAACAUAAUAGCAGAGAAAGCUUCAAGUCAUACGGCAAAGAGAACAACAGAGGACAAGAACAACAAAGAGAGAACUCUAGAUAUAGAUAUCAGAACAGAGAGAACUACAAAGGACAUCUUGAGAAGCAAAGAGGAGGCUGAGACUAAGGCUGAUAUUUUAUAGCAGAAAGGCGGUCAAUCAAGCAAUGACUUCAGGGAGGCAAAUCAUAUCUUGAGUCUAACUCUAAUUAGAGGUUGUAAACUUAUCUGCAAUUUAAAAAAUUAUAAAGUCUAUGACAGUCCAUGUUAAAUAGUGUUUGUUUAUAAUCAAUUUGAAAAUUGAUUAUAGAGAAACAGUCUUUUAUGUGAUAUAUGUAUCAAGUAUCUUCCAAACUUAACUGUGUCUGUGAUAUUGUACAAAGAAAAUGUUAGGGUAUACAAUGUCCAUGAUCUUUAUUAAUAAAAAAAAAAAAAAUAUAUUGAAAAAAAUGCUGGUGAA